AUGAGCUUUGUUAUUACCUCUUUGCUGGACACGGAUCUUUACAAGAUCACGAUGCACGCGGCUAUCUAUACAAACCUGCCCAACGCCGAAGCCGUGUUCACGUACACGAACAGGACGCCAUCGAUGGAGCUGAACACGGCUGCUGUCGAAUGGCUGUCGGCGCAGAUUUCGCAUUUGGGCACGCUCAGGUUCUCCGCGGACGAGAUAGAGUAUCUGCGCACGCAAUUGCCGUACAUGCCGGCCAAGUACUUCGAAUACAUCCAGGAUUUCCAGCUGCGGCCGGCGGAACAGGUCAAGAUCACGAAUCUCGACAACCCGGCCCAGUUUGGCCUGGAGGUCUCGGGCAAGUGGGCAGAGGUGACGUUGUACGAGAUCCCGUUGCUGUCGCUAGUUUCCGAGGCGUAUUUCCGGUUUGUGGACACGGAAUGGUCGAACGACGGCCAGCUGGAAAAAGCUAAGCAAAAGGGCCUGCGGCUGCUCGAAAACGGCUGUGUUUUCAGCGAGUUUGGCACGAGACGAAGACGCUCGUUGGCCACACAGCGGCUCGUGAUGCAAGGUCUGUGCGAGGCGGCCAAACAGUCUGCAAACGGAACAGGCUUCCUGGGCACGUCCAACGUGAUGUUCGCCAAAGAGUUCGGAGUCAAGCCCAUUGGAACCGUCGGCCACGAGUGGAUGAUGGGCAUCGCCGCCAUUUCACAGGACUACACCAACGCAAACAAGCUCGCCAUGGACUACUGGCUUGACACCAUGGGCCCUGCCAACGCCGGGUUGGCUCUCACGGACACUUUUGGCACCGACGCGUUUCUGCGCUCGUUCGUUCCGCCGUACUCGGACCACUACAUCGGUGUGCGCCAAGACUCAGGGUCGCCGCUGGAAUACACCGACAAAAUUGCCCACCACUACUUUGACGUGCUCAAGCUACCAAAGUUCUCCAAAGUGCUGUGCUACAGCGACUCGCUAAACGUGGAUCGGUGCCUCGAGUACAAGAAAAAGGCCGACUCGGUGGGGCUCAAGGCGUCCUUCGGAAUUGGCACGAACCUCACGAACGAUUUCGCAGGGUCUGCGCCGCUCAACAUCGUCAUCAAGCUGCGUAGCAUGAACGGCAACCCGGCCAUCAAGAUCAGCGACAACUUGGGCAAGAACAUGGGCGACCCGGCCACUGUUGCGCGGGUCAAGAAAGAGCUCGGCUAUGUCGAGAAGUCCUGGGACCAGGGCGACGAGUCCCAUCGCUGGACCUAG